UUAUAAAUACAACUACGAAUAUGUUCUAAAAUCGGAAUUUCAUUGUAAUCGAUCGAUGCUUGUUCCAAGUCCUGUCUACGCACGCGACUAAUGCGCACGUAAUUAAUUGAUGAAAACGUGGCCGCUUAAUUGCCGUCCCCGGCUAAUUUGAGCGCUAAGGUCGGGCUUAAGAAUCGCAACAUCGGUUGAUUAUUGCAACGCUACUUGCCGGAUGUCUUUGCAGGCAUAUUCGUACUUUAAAAGGAAUGAAUUGCAAAUACUUUUGCACUACGGGGCGCUGCUAGUGGCAACGGCUGCAACCGCACGUGCGUUGUUUUUGUCGAGCUUGCGGUGUUGAUAGUGUCGGUCGGUUGGUCGGUGAGCAUUUUUGACAGUUGCUGUUUGUGCGUUAAGAUUCCUUUGGGAAAAUAUCGUCCAGUUUGGAAGAUGUCGAGUGAGUCGGGCUCGGAGUACGAUUCGUUGGAUGAAGAUCUGCAGGAGGCAUUCUCGAAAGGAGUGAUCAAACCGGGACUAAAUGUUGCACAAGAGGAUAAAAAAGUAUUGAAGAACAAUAUUCGCGGACUGAAUAAGAAGCUAGAAGAGUUUCGACAAAAGCUGCCAUGGAUAGAAAAGCUCAUUCUGAUCAAUGCUCCAGCGCCGAUGGCUCCAGAAUUGGCCCUUCAAAUGCAAGAGCAAGAAAGUCGUCGUGAUAGACAAUUACGGGGCAAUAAAAAAUUGCCACAGUACGAUUCAUCCGAUGAUCCAGUUUUAAAUGAUUUUAGGAGGGAGACUCUGUUUCAUAGACAGGCGCAGAGCGCAGUCGUCGAGGGAAUUGCCAGACUAAAAUCGCUGAACGUCCCUACGCUGCGACCGGAAGACUAUUACGCGGAAAUGGCCAAGACCGACGAACACAUGCAAAAAGUUAAAACGAAUCUUAUUAAAAAGCAGACACAGGCGCAAUAUUCGGAGAAGGUGAGGCAAAUGAGAGUACAGCGUAAAAUAUCAAAGCAAAUGCAAAUCGAAGCCACUUUGAAAAAGCAUGCUGAAAAGAAAAAAUUGUUGGAGGAAGUAAAGAAAUAUCGCAAGGGAAUAAGACAAGAUCUUGAUUUCUUAGAAGAUAAGAAAAAAUCAGGCCUUAAACAGAAACCCAAUAAUAAUAUGAGUAAGAGGGCUUUGGAGAAAAGGAAUAUGAAAAACUCAAAGUUCGGUUUUGGUGGAAAGAAACGUGGUAUGAAGAAAAAUACAAGAGACAGUGCGGCUGAUGUAUCGGAUUACAGGCCACCUGGGAAGCCGGGUAAAAUGGGCAAAUUUAAGAAUAAAUCUGGAAGGCUUGGCAAAGGGAAAAUAAAUUCAAGGCCUGGGAAGAGCCGAAGAGUGCAAAUGAAAGCUAAACGAAAGUGAGAAAGGUAGUAAGCGAUUUUAUUUGUGAAAAUGUUCGACGAACCCGAAGAAUGUAUAGAAGAUACUGUAUAGACGAAUGAGUUUCAACAAACACAUCCAUGUAUAUUACAAUGUAAAAAACUGUAUUUCCUUA